CACUAUUAUAGAAUGGAGCUUGCCCUACUGGCUGCUCAGAAGGAUUCACCUUGGGUAGGCAAUGUGUACAACCUGCUCCACUUAAUUUGGAAGACUUACCACUUCAGUUCAAAAUCCAGAAGGGAGUUAAAACGCCUUGGAGUUGAACUGAAUGUGUUGGUGAACAAUCCAAGUGGGGUCAAGGGGACACGAUGGUUGUCACAUGUAUCCAGGGCAUUGGAUGUGCUUCUGAAGCAGGAGAAGGAGGGGACCCUGGAAGAUGCUGGGCAGUACACCGCUGUAUUUGCUCAUAUGGACCACCUGGCUGCAUCAUCAAUGAAUGCGGAUAUAGCUGGCCGAGCAAAGCAUGUCAAAGAGACCAUGGAGGAUGGCUCAUUCCUGGCAUUCUGCCAUUUCUUGGCAGAUUUAUUUUCUGCCAUCAGUAAAUACAGCCUAUUACUGCAAAGAAAUGAUGUGAUCCUCCCCCAGGGAGUUCCUUUGAGGAAAGGAGAGGCAGGGAAUAUGGCUACGGAUGGACUAAUCAGUCAGACUGCUCCCAGACUGCAGAAGCAGAUAGAGACCACUGUUGCUGCAAUAGUUAAACAGCUUCGUCUCCGGUUCAGCAGCCUACUUUGUCAUGAGGGACAUGGAACAGACACUCCAGCAACCAAAGCGGUUCAAUGUUUCCAGGUCUUCAACCAUGAUGUUUGGCCAGAGACAGUGGAGGAGUUGGUUGAUUAUGGAAUUGAGGAGGUCCACUUCUUGUUGGACCAUUUUAAAGUUGUACUGGAAAGGAAUGGCUGUGACUUUGCCCUUGCUGCGGAGGAGUCCUUCAAAGACAAGAGCUACCACGGGUUAUGGGAAAUCCUUCUGACCAAGGAACCCUAUUGUUCAGACUUACAGAAUAUCCUUCAUCUGGUAAGGAUCAUGCUGAUCCUUCAUGUGUCUUCGGCACAGUGUGAGAGAGGGUUCUCUGUACAGAAGCGCAUAAAAUCAGACAUUAGAUGUUCAUUACACCCGAACACAGUGGAAGAUCUGAUCCGAAUCAGCGUUGAGGGUCCUCCUUUGGAGGCUUUCGAUGCCUCAGCUUCAGUGAAGAGAUGGAUGGAGGAGGGACAGAGAGCCAGGAGACCAAAUUUCAAAUCCUGGCCACAGGAUGUGUAA